AUGUUUAAAUGCGUGCAGUGCCCGUCGGUUUUUGUACGAAAAGGCAGUUUGGUUAGACAUGAAAUAACUCAUACCGGUAUUCGUUUUCCGUGUACCGUAUGUCCAGCGACAUUCAACUAUAAAUCGUAUAUCAAUAGACAUCUGAAAAAUGUUCAUGGUAUUGUCAACAUUCCAACCCGUUUGAGGCCAAUACCCGCUGCACCAAUCAUAGAUCACCCAACACGAGCGCCUCGUGCCUCUAAUCAAGGUGAUGUUAUCCAGAUCGCGCCUCAAAUAUUUAUUCCCGAUGUCCCGGCUGGUGGAUCGAAUGCGAUAUCCGACGAUGAUAUAUUGUGCAUGGAAGCAAUGGAUGAAUUUGAGGAUGACGAUCUAUUAUGUAUGAAAGCAAUGGACGAAUUUGAGGAUAACGAUCUAUUGUGUAUGAAAGCAAUGGACGAAUUUGAGGAUACAGGUUAG